AUGUCGGAGGUUUCCAGUCAGGACGGCAUCAGACAAGGAUGCAACACCUCACCCUCGCUGGUUAUAAUGGUCGCUGAGCUGCUGGCUAUCAGUCUUACAAACAAUGGGGUUGAAGUGGAGCCUGCUGGAGAACCAUGGUUGAGACCAGGAGGUCUGAGGAAGUAUUCCUGUCCACUCACCAUCCACAUGAACACAGUGAACAGAAGACUCAAACUGUCUGACAACAACAGGAAGGUGACACAUGUGGAGGAGCGUCAGUCAUAUCCUGGUCAUCCAGACAGAUUUAACUUGUGUCCUCAGCUGCUGUGUGAAAAUGUUCUGACUGGUCGCUGCUACUGGGAGGUCGAGUGGAGAGGAAGAGUUUUUAUAUCAGUGAGUUACAGAGAAAUCAGAAGGAGAGGAAACAGCAGAGACUGUUGGUUUGGAUUCAAUGAUCAGUCCUGGAGUCUGAGAUGCUCUGAUGAUGAAGGUUACUCUGUCUGGCACAAUAACAGAGAAACACGCAUCACCUCCUCCUCCUCCUCCUCCUCCUCCUCCUCCUCUGUCUCUAACAGAGUAGCAGUGUAUGUGGACUGUCCUGCUGGCUCUCUGUCCUUCUACAGAGUCUCCUCUGACUCACUGAUCCACCUCCACACCUUCAUCACCACAUUCACUCAUCCU